AUGCAAGGACACAAUGGCUGCGAAAGGAUCCUCAAUGGGAUUUUAGCAAUUUUCAUUCCAACUCUCAGCGUCGCUUUUGUCACUGGCUGCUCAACCAAAGGUGCCACACACGUCCUCAUCAACCUUGUUCUAUUUGUCGUGUUAUGGAUACCUGCGGUUAUACACGCCUGGUAUAUCAUACACCACUACCGCAAUGGUUUUUAUGAGGAUGAGCCGCCUAAAAUUGUCUAUGUCCAAGGCGCACAGCAGCAGCAGCAGCAAUCACACCAACCACAGCCACAGCCACAACCACAACCACAACCACAACCACAACCACAACCACAGCCGCCCACUCAUCCCCAAGACUACUCCCUACCUUCUUACGACGAAGCCAAUCAAUCCAGAAAACGCCAAGGCGAUACCAAACUGUAA